AUGGUACCGAAGUGGAACGCGGAAUUAAGCACGGUUGAGCAUAUCAUGGACAGAAUGCUGGGUGUUUACUCAACGAAGUUGCCGGUGUCUAAGGCAAUGGAUCUUAUGUGUGAACCGAAGGCAAGCAGCAAAACAUGGACGGAGCAUUUCAAGUACUUGGUGUACGUGGAGGAACGUGCAGGCAAUGAUCGCACGUGCUGGUCGUGCGGAGGUAUCGGGAACCUUAAAUAUACUUUUUCUGCAGACAAGGUCAUAGAUGACGCAAAGGUAACGCUGGCCAUUGACACCUACUGCGAAACGCUGUCGACUGCUCUGACACAUGGCAGACAGCCAAAGGAAGCACGUUACGUGCAACGCAACGAGGAACAUUCGAGCUGCGCACUCAGCAACAUCAUCAGCUACGCUUCGUUGGAGAAGAAGGGUGCGUAUCUUACGCGCCACGGCUCUCUGAGCUACGUUGAGCGUUCUGCGGACGAAAACCACAUCUAUGGAGUGCGCGGUGAAGGACGUGUACUCUAG